CCCUUCCACCAAUCGUCUUCACCAUGGCGCUUUGCAGCCGGACCAGCUGCAAGUAGACCCCGAGUUGGCCUGAAGGAGCAAUUGCUGGGAGCUGCCCGCUCCGGAAACAAUGGGAUUGUGUAGGAAGAUUGUUCAGAGUAAGGCCUCGCUCCGCUCCUACCACUUUGGGUUGCUCUUUGUGGCUGCUUUGGCAGUGUUUGCUUUUUACUACUUGGGAUCCAACCAUGAAAAUUUUUCCAGCACCACCAGGAGAAUGAAGGAAAAUCAGGCAGGAAAGAGUUCACAGGGCGACGUUCAGUUGACAGCCAAUCUCAGUGGGAAGAAAGCGGCAGAAUCUCAGGGAAGUGCCCCGUUUGCAAACAGCGAGCCCGGGGAUACAGCGGGGAAACGAGCGGUACUGUUUCAUGCUCUGAUGAUGUUUACCAAGGUUGACAAAAACUACGGUCUCCAAGAGAAAUUUACAGUUGCCAUCAAGUCGAUGGUAAAACACGCAGUGUUUAAGGAUGAUGAGGUACUCUGUCUGCAUUUUGUUGCUGAUGUCCCCAGCAAGAAAAUAGGAGAACCACUUCUACAGCAACUACUGCAAAUCGCAUCCUUUAAAUAUCAGGUUAUAUUCCACGAUGUGGACACCUUGACUCAGAAGUUGUUUCCUGUUGUUGAAGGAAUGCAGAAGCAUUUUAGCUCUGGAUCUGGUGCUUAUUAUAGUGAUGCAAUUUUCUUCUUGUCAGUCGCCAUGCACCGAAUCAUGCCUCCAGAAAUGACUCGUAUUGUGCAGUUGGACCUGGAUUUGAAGUACAUGUCUAGCAUCAGGAGUCUGUUUGGGGAGUUUGAGAAGUUCCAGCCAGGAGCUGUGAUAGGGAUCGCCAGAGAAAUGCAGCCUGUUUACAGGCACACCUUUUGGCAGUAUCGCAGAGAAAACCCCAAAACUAAAGUUGGUAAUCCUCCACCAGACGGCCUCCCUGGAUUCAAUAGUGGAGUCAUGCUGCUAAAUUUAGAAGCUAUGCGGCAGUCAGAACGCUACAAUCAACUUCUGAAUAUGGAGAAUGUACAGAAACUCACAGAAAAGUAUCAUUUUAAAGGUCACCUAGGUGACCAAGAUUUCUUUACAUUGAUCGGAAUGGAGCACAUAGACCUCUUCCAUAUUCUGGAUUGCACAAACAACAGACAGCUCUGUACUUGGUGGCGGGAUCACGGUUAUGCGGAGGUCUUUGAUCUGUACUUCAAAUGCGAUGGGCAAGUAAAAAUUUACCAUGGAAACUGCAACACCCCAAUCCCAGAUGACUGAGUUAAUGAAAUAUUAGAAGUGUUUGCAGAUGCCUUACCAUGCACAAUAUUUUCUAUUGUUGGAAAAAUGUGCUCAUACUACUUGAAAUACGUUUCAUUCAUUAUACCCAUUUUAUAACUUCUAUCUUUAUCCCCUCUGAUUUGUUCUCCCUCCUCUUUCAGAACAGAUUUCAAAACUUUUAAGGGUGUCAUUGAAAUGCUAAAUGCACAAAAAAGAAAAUUGUGAAAUUUAUCAAAGCUAGAAAGUAUGAAUAAUCAAAAAGUGUGCUAUGUUCUCCUUGUACAUGUUUGCCCUAAAGCAAUCAGUAUUUUCUUUACCUGAUUUCCCGUUGUUGAUAUUUUAGUGACAGAAUAUGGUACAAUCUUCUUGAUGGACCAUUUUGCUGCAGGAGAAAUCUGUUAUUUGAUAUGGAUCCACUUGGUCCUACUCCAAGUGAAUCACUGCAUUGCCUGUAUAAAAACAUUUAAAAUAUCUACACAUUGAUGACUGAUUUGUAUGAAAUUGUAUUUGUUCCUUACAUCAUGACAUGACAGAGCAAUCUGCUUUCUUUUGAAACUUGCACCAUGUUAAAUUAAUUCCAAAUAAAGCACCUGAUAUCUUCCAGUUUUCACACUGGAUACAGUCCACUUUUCUAUAAAGUCCUCUCUGAAUUCAGCAACUGAAUUAAAAGGAAAAAAAGAACUGGAAUAUGAAAAAAACUGGGACGCUAUGUGCCAUCUCUUCCUUUAUAUCUUUAUGUAUGGCCAGCCCUAUUGCAAAUUUUCUCAUACUUGUAUGGCUGGUAACAAUUUCAGAAAGAUGGAUUUUCCAUCACAGUAUACAUGAAUUACAGGCAAAAUUACAAUUCUAAAUUAAUAAAUCCAUCAUUUAAAUGAGUCAUUAAUAGUAAAGACUAAUAAAAAGUGCAAGCUACAGAGCAACAGCACAGGUAGUGGCAUUGUGAUAUUGUCACUGGUCUAGUAAAGUCACAGUAAUGAGCUGGGAACAUGUGUUUGUAUUCGACCUCAACAGAUGGUGAAAUUUUAUUUUAGUACGUCUAAUUUUCUUUUUCUAAAAUUACUCUAAUGGUUAGCUCAGAAAACAUAUUUUUGCCUUUUUGAUUAAGAAGUACUGCUGAGGAGACAGACAGACAGACAGACAGACAGAGACCAAGUUAAAGCACUGGGUUUAAUAAACACUGACCUUGAUUCACUUCAUUUGGGGUCCAGUCUGAGCUGGCCUUGCCAGAGUUCAUGCAAUAACAGGGUCAGAAGCUGGGUUUUCCUCCUCCUGCAAACUGUUUUGUAUAGAACCAGCCAGACAGUUAACUCACUUAUUCACCCCUUCUCUCAGCCUCCCACUCACCCCUAACUAAUUACCCCUCCCAUAAGGGACAGCUGCCAUUCCCUUUAGAAAUUGUUUUCUUCCAGCCACGUCUGUAUUGUUUAUGUAGCUUUCUCAUUGUGGUUAAUGCAAUAUUUAAAACUCAACUCCCCAAACGGUUUUGUCUCUUUGAAAAAAGACAGUUGAAGUUACCUUUGUUUAAGUUAUUUCUGUGACCUUGUAAAUUGAGUAAAGCCUUUUUAUUAUAAUACAAAUAAAUGAGCAGUUUUGGUACUGA